AUGGAGAAACAUUAUGCCUUUGUUCUUCUCUUUCUCCUGUUCUCCUUAUCCAUGUUUUACUCUCAUUUGGCUGUGGCUAUGGAAAGUGACGAUGGACUUGAGGAGUGGGGCUAUGUUGAAGUUCGACAAGGAGCUCACUUGUUUUGGUGGCAUUAUAAGAGUGAUCAUAGAGUUGAAGAUCCGUCUAGGCCAUGGCCAAUAAUUCUAUGGCUAUCGGGAGGUCCGGGUACAUCUGGAACUGCAUUUGGAAAUUUCUAUCAAGUAGGACCACGAGAUGAACAUUUAAUAUCUCGUGAUUCAACAUGGCUUCAUAAAGCAGAUCUAUUAUUUGUGGAUAGUCCAGUUGGGACAGGCUUUAGUUAUAUCGAUGGUGAUCUACAUUAUGCUAUGACUGAUAAACAAAUAGCAGAAGACUUACUUGUCUUGUUGAAGACACUCUUUAAUGCGAAUGAGGCUCUCCAAACAAGUCCUCUCUAUAUCUUUGGAGAGUCAUAUGGAGGAAAAAUUGCAGCCAUUCUAGGAGUAGAAGUUCUUAAAUCCAUUGAAGAAAAAGAGCUAAACUCUCAACUUGGAGGAGUUGCUUUGGGGUGUAGUUGGAUUUCUCCGCUAGAUUUCGUGCUUACAUGGGGACCUCUUCUGAAAGAUAUGUCUCGACUUGAUGAUAUUGGAUUAGAGAAAACAAAUAGUUUAGCUUUAAAAAUACAGAAUCAACUGGAAAAUUACAAUGCCAUGGAUGCAACUGGGACAAUGGAUGAUCUUCAAAAUGUUAUUAGUAAUUAUAGUGAUUUUGUGGACAUACAUAACUUCAUGUUAGAUAAUCGACCAACAACAACUAAUAUCGGAGGAGUUCCUCCUUUUAACUUUAGAAAGUUUAUGAAUGGUGGUGUUAGAGAAAGGCUGAAAAUUAUUCCUGAGAAUGUGAUAUGGGGAGCACAAGAACAUAAUGUCUUGAAAGCCUUGAAGGGUGAAAUCAUGAAACAUAAAAUUGAUGAGGUUGACAUGCUCCUAGCCAAAGGCAUAAAGAUUGCUAUAUAUAAUGGACAGCUUGAUAUCAUGUGCUCACCAAAAGGGGCAGAAUCAUGGGUAAAAAAACUUAAGUGGAAUGGCUUGGAAAAUUUCUUGAAGACGGCUCGUGUUCCUUUAUAUCAUGGAAGUGCUAUAGAAACGAAAGGGUUUAAGAAAUCACACCAACACUUGACUUUCUACUGGAUUCUUAAUGCCGGUCAUGGCAUUCCAAAAGACCAACCAUUGAUUGCUUUACAGAUGGUGGGAGAAAUCACUGGAUCAUCCGGCACUUCCUAG